AAACAAUAUGUGAAACAUUUGGGCUCAUCACUAUAAAAUUCAAAGAAGGGUAUAAAUAUGUAGUAUAGCAAUUUAGAGCUAGCUAAGUAAAGAAUAUAAUUUCAGUGACCACAAAAUUAAUACUACUAGUGCUUGUAGAAGCUAAGAAUGGAAGAGAAAGAGAUAGAAAUAAUGGGCGUACCACUAAUGGCUGAAGGAAUGAAGAUAGUUUGUCUGAAAUCAAAUUACAACAACAAAUUCUUGCGUUAUAGGUAUGAAGAUGUUCAAACACAUGGCCUUCUUCAGUUUGCUGUUCACCAAGUCAUGGAUCCAUAUGCUCAAUUUGAGGUCGAGAAAUCCAACACUUAUGAUGGUCUUGUCCAUCUCAAAUCCCGCUACAAUAACAAAUAUUUGGUCAGGUGGUCGCCUAAUCACUACUGGAUUAUUGCAUCAGCUAACAAAGAAGAUGAAAAUCAAAGCAGCUGGAGUUGUACAUUGUUCAAGCCAAUGUAUUUGGGUGAUAAUAAUGAUGAUACACAAGAAAUGCGACUUCUACAUGUCCAACUUGAUCAUUAUGCAUGUUUGUGGAGGCUACAUGCCCCUUUUGAUUCAUGCUUAUUUGCAGGGUCAAAAGAAAUUGAUAAAGACUCGUGUGAUGUUUUCACUUUCGUAAAUUGGGAAUCAUUGUUUAAUUUACCCAAACAUGUUGCAUUUAAGGGGGAAAAUGGUAAAUAUUUAGGCGCAUUCGAACACAAUGGGAUUCCAUGUCUACAAUUUUCUUAUGACAAUCUUGAAGAUCCUAAGGUCGGCCACGAGUUGUUCGAAGCUCCUGAUGGUACACUUUGCAUAAAAUCGAGUCACGUUGGGAAGUUUUGGAGGAUUGGUGACGGUGAUUGGAUUGUAGUCGAUGCAAAUGAUCCUCGCGGUAGUAGCAACACUGGUGCAAUGUUUAGGGCUGUUGUGCGUGACGUUAACGUCAUUGCACUUCUAAACAUGUCAAAAACAUGGUUUUGUAAGAGAUUUACUCUUAAUGAAAAGGAAAGCUUCCUGAAUGCUGCUACUCAAAAUGUUGAUGAAUUUGCAAUACUAAAGAUGAUUGAUUUGGGAACGGGGUUAUCCUGUGUAUAAAACCAAGACUUGUCUGUGGAAUUGUUUAGUCGUGUUGCCUCGUUGUGAUUCAUCAAAUGUCUUUCCGUUUCCUACUUUCCUAUUUGGGUUGGCAACCAGGUUUGGUGUGUGGUCUGUUGUGCGCUUUUUUUUUUUUUUUUUUCUUUCUUUCUUUCUUUUAAUCUUCUUAAGUUGUAAAAUUUGCUCUUCUUUUAAUGUACUUUUUGUAAAAAUUAAAAGUAAUAAAAGGUUAUAAUAAGUUGUACUAUGUACUCAUAUUUUUUUGAUAGUUUUGCAAUGGUUACAAUAAAAUUGUGGCCAUUACAACAAUGAAAUUUAUAUCCUUGAAUCUUUGAUUGUCAUUAUAUAAAUUAGUAUCAUUCAUUAAGUUGACCAAAAAAACAACCAAGGAAAAAAAAAAAGAAAAAAUGAAUUGAUCAAUUUAUAGGAGUAUUGGGCUGAGGACAAUUGUAUGCGCAUUAAUCAAAUAAAAGAGCUAGGUUGUGGGAAAUUACCAGUUAUAAAUUAAUGAUAAUUAAAAAAAAACUUUGAACUUUUUUUUCCCAAAAGUAAACUACUCUCG